AAAGAAAAAUAAACAAAUACAGCUAAUAUAUUCUCUAAAAAAUAAAUGGAAAAUUUAAAUGAAAUUGUAUAUAAAGUUUUUGAAAAAGAAGUAUAAAUUAAAAGGGUAAUUAAAGAUUUAGAGCAUUUAUAUAAUUUAGACUAAUAAUUAUAUGAUAUAAAUGUUACUUGUUUUGGUUUAGGAAUUAAAAUUAUUGUUAUAUUAAAAGAAGAGUUACUUAUAAAAAAUCUUUUAGAUUUUUAUUUAUAGUAUUAACCAAUUAAAUUUGAAAUUCUAUUAUAUAAAACAUAUCCAUUUACAUUUCCUUAAUUUAUUUGUUAAACAAAUUUUUCUGAACCAUCAUUAGCUGACGGAAGAGAUUUAAUAGACAAUAUAAUCGAGUAAUAAUGGAUUCCUUCAAUUCUUUUAUAUUAAAUAGUAGAGUAAAUACCUGGUUUUUUGGUAAAAAGUGAAAAAAAUUAAUUUUAUUUUUAUUUUUUAUUUAGUAUAAAGUAAAUUAAAAUAUUGAUAAUAAGACAUAUUUAAAUAAUCUUGGCAGUUUUAUAGAAAACUAAGAUUAUGAUUUAGAAUAAUUUCUUUAAAUGAACUGUGUAGAUGUUUUUCCUUGCGAAAAUUUAUAAGAACAUACAUAGAAAUAUGUUAUUAUUUCAGAAAGUUAUUUAAAUACAUUUUUGCUUUAAGAUAGGACAUAAAAUAUAAUAAAAUUAGAAUAAUAAAAUUACUUAAAUUAAUUAUUGAGU